AUGAAAGAGAAGGAGAAGAAUGCCAAGGUCACGAAAGCCGUGUCUCUGGAUUGCGAGAUGGUUGGCGUCGGGGAACGAGGAAGGGACAGCUGCCUGGCCCGUGUCACCAUCGUCAACGAGUUCUUGGACGUCAUCUACUUCCGCAACGUCAUCCCCUCCCAGGAAGUGACCGACCUCCGCUCCCACAUUACCGGCCUCACCCUUGACGACCUGAAGGAGGAGGCAGGAGCCGUUCCGCUGGAGACCGUACAGCAAGAGGUCAGCUCCCUGCUCAAGGACAAGAUUCUGGUCGGGCAUGCUCUCCGCAACGAUCUCAGCGUUCUCAUGCUCAGCCACCCUGUCCGUAGCACACGGGACACUGCCAAGUUCAAAGUUCUUCGCCAAGCUGGGAGCAACGGGAUGCCCCGGCUGAAGGAUCUGGCGGCCUUUCACCUCAACCAGAAGAUACAGGACGGGGUCCAUGACCCCAUCGAAGAUGCUCGCGCAGCCAUGCAGCUCUACGUGAAGUUCAAAGACAUGUGGGAGAGCAGUUAUGACGUCUAUGCUUGCAAGGUGCGAUGCUUGCCCGAUGUGCAUGCUUGUUGA